AGGUAAUGGACUUGGUUUGAAGGUUGUCGGCGGACAGGAGAUACCCGGAAGUAAUAUGAUUGGAGCAUACAUUCAAAAAAUACAUCCAAGCCUUACAAUGAUGGGAGAGAUUAGAGAAGGGAUGCAAGUGAUUGAGUGGAAUGGCAUCCCAUUGACCGGUAUAUCACACGACGAGGUCUCGCGAAUAAUCACGACUCAAGUGGGCGAUGAGAUAGAAGUAGUGAUUCGCACCGACAUUAAUAUGAUGCCCACCAACCAUGUUGAUUCCUCCCAACAAAUUGUUGCACUCAAUGUGAAGCAGUCAUUCGAUGCCACAGUAGGUAAUGAUGACAACCAUAAGAAUCUCAACCAA